AUUGAGUGUAAUUGGAGUAAUAAAAAAUACCCUCUGUCAAAAUGAUAGGGGGUUUAUUUGUGUAUAAUCAUAAGGGAGAGGUACUCAUCUCUAGAGUGUACAGAGAUGACAUUGGACGGAAUGCAGUUGAUGCAUUUCGUGUCAAUGUUAUCCAUGCCAGACAACAAGUACGUUCUCCUGUUACCAAUAUUGCUAGAACAUCAUUCUUUCAUAUAAAACGUGCUAAUAUUUGGCUAGCUGCUGUUACUAAACAAAAUGUUAAUGCUGCUAUGGUCUUUGAAUUUUUAUUAAAAAUUAUCGAUGUUAUGCAAUCAUACUUUGGUAAGAUUUCUGAAGAAAAUAUCAAGAACAACUUUGUGCUAAUCUAUGAGCUUUUGGAUGAAAUCUUGGAUUUUGGAUAUCCACAAAAUUGUGACACUGGAGUUUUAAAAACAUUCAUUACUCAGCAAGGAGUAAAAUCAGCAACAAAGGAAGAACAGGCUCAAAUAACUUCGCAGGUAACAGGUCAGAUCGGAUGGAGAAGAGAGGGUAUCAAGUACAGACGCAAUGAAUUAUUCCUUGAUGUUCUUGAAUAUGUGAAUCUCUUAAUGAGUCCUCAAGGACAAGUGCUGAGCGCACAUGUUGCUGGGAAGGUUGUGAUGAAGUCUUAUUUGUCUGGAAUGCCAGAAUGCAAAUUUGGAAUCAAUGAUAAGAUUGUCAUGGAGGCUAAAGGUAUGAAAGGUGGAAGUGGUUUGGGAGGAGGUGGAGAUGAUCCUACAGGUGCUAGAUCUGGAAAACCUGUUGUCGUGAUUGAUGACUGCCAAUUUCAUCAGUGUGUUAAGCUUAGUAAAUUUGAGACAGAGCAUGCCAUCAGUUUUAUACCUCCUGAUGGAGAAUUUGAAUUAAUGAGAUAUCGUACCACCAAAGAUAUAUCAUUGCCAUUCCGUGUCAUUCCAUUAGUACGUGAAGUGGGGCGUACAAAAAUGGAGGUGAAAGCAGUACUGAAGUCAAACUUUAAACCAUCUUUGUUGGGGCAAAAGAUCGAAGUUCGAGUACCCACUCCACUGAACACUGCUGGAGUACAAUUGAUUUGCUUGAAAGGGAAAGCAAAAUAUAAAGCAUCCGAAAAUGCUAUUGUAUGGAAAAUCAAGCGCAUGGCUGGCAUGAAGGAAACUCAGUUAUCAGCAGAAAUCGAUUUGCUUGAAACCGACACGAAGAAAAGGUGGACCCGGCCCCCAAUAUCGAUGAAUUUCGAAGUACCAUUUGCGCCCUCUGGAUUCAAAGUUCGUUACUUGAAAGUAUUUGAAUCCAAACUGAACUAUUCCGAUCAUGAUGUUAUAAAAUGGGUGAGAUACAUAGGCCGAAGCGGUCUAUAUGAGACACGAUGUUAAUAAUCUCAUCGCAUUAAUUGUAAAUGAGUAAUCUCAAAACAUAAAUAUCAUUUUCUCAGAACUAUCACUUUACGGCGCAUAUUUAAAAAAAGUUUUCUGAAAUACUCAAACUAACUGAUAAAUGAUUAAACAAAUAGAGAGAUACCAAGAGGGGAAGAUUUUUGUGCCAAUGUUUUUUGUAAUCUAGUUUUCCGUGUUUAUAUUUUAUCAUAGCAUGCGUGAGUUCGAGUUCUUUUUAAAAGUCUUUGUAUAACAAUUUUAUUCUAUCUGAAUUUUAGUGAAAUUCCAACUUUUGUGAAAAUUAAUAUUUGUAAUUUCAUGCGUUGAAUUAGAUUUUAAUCUUGAAUGUAUUAUAUCGUAUUUCAUUAUACAUUACGUUAAUGACAUUUUUUAGUCUCUUUGUAAACUAAAAAUUCACGACCUCUUUGGUAUCGUUACAACGAGAAAGUUUAAAGUAAUCGUUAAAUAACAUGGAUGAUAUUUAAAAUGAAGUUUAGGUUAUUGAACGUAUUUGUGAAAUAGAGAAUAUCUUGAUUCAUUGUAAAGGAAUAAUUUCGUCUCUCUAUGUUAAAAUUCAUAUGCAUAAUAAAAUAUGUAUGUAAUUUAAAACGUUAUGUCAUGUUGUAAUUUUUUAAAAUAAUGUUAAUAGUUGAAUGAUUGAUUUCUAUAUUGUUGAAAUGUUCAUAUGAAUCUUCAGAUGUAACGAUAAAAUUAAAAAACAAUAUGGUCGCAAAACAAUAGUUGUAAUUGCCAUUUUGAAUAUUAGAAUUCCACGAUAAAUUCGAAUUUUCCGUAUAUCUUUUUUGUGAUGGUAAUAAUCCAAAAAUGCGUACGAUUUAAAUUUUUGAUAAAAUACUUGUGCUUGACUUAAUGAUAAAAUGUCUAUAAAUUUAUUUCGAAAUCAAUUUUAAAAAUGUAUUCAGCUAACAUGGAGUAUUCAGCUAAAACUUUCAUUGUUUUCUUUCAUUGCUUACUCCGAAAUUUUUGUAAUAAUUUAUAAUUAUCACGUAGACUCACCAUUCGUAGUUGUUUUCACAGCGACAAGGCCAAGAAUUGCAAAUUGUCAUCCAAAAUUUUACCACUUUUUUCAGAUAAAUUUCACUACCGACUGCAUAAUAGUGUUCGCGGUUUUGCGCGGCAUAACGAAUUAACGUCUGCAAUUCAAACUUAAUUUAGAGUCAAACCACGCAAGUCGAAUUGAUGCGUCCAUAUGAUUCGUUAAUAUCGAUUUGAAAUUUGAAAUCAA